AUGGACACUCAGGCCAAACUGCCAGACAGUGCUUUCAGCGCCAGCAGCGUUCGGCAAAAUCUGCCUGAGUUUCGACCCUAUCACGCUAGACUGACCAACUUGUAUCCUGGGAAGGACCACGCUGGGGGUCGUGCCUGGUGCCCAAAUAGCACGGUGCAGACGGCGAUGAACGAGUGGAUCCAAGUGGAUUUUCCUCACCUCAACAUCAUCCGCACUAUUUUCACCACUGGUCGCGGUGAUGGAAAUGUGGCGGAAUAUAUGCCUGCUUUCAUUCUGCACUACCAACGGGAGGACGGUGGCCCAUGGUACGAGCAUACUACUCGCGAUUCAGGGAGGGUGAUCCAGGGCAAUAUAGACCCGCGCAACACCGCAAGACACACAUUUGAUCCGGCGGUGGUUGCCCGCCGCAUUCGGAUAUACCCUUACAGUGCCAAAUCACAACAUCCCAUUUGCCUGCAGUUCGCUCUUAAAGGGUGUCCCUUUCCUGAUGGAAUAACGGAAUAUUUAGCAACAGAAGGUAGUCAUGGUCAUCUAGGUUCUGAUCGUUAUCAAAGUAUCGAUUUUCGAGAUUCGACCAAUGACGCUGACAAGGCGCUGGGACCGCGAGGGGCUCCUGGGGGUCUAGGCAAACUCGUUGACAAUGCCGCUCACCUCGGUAAUAUUACCCAGGAUGUCUACGAUUCUCCUGCCAACAAUCAUUUUGUUGGAUGGGAGAGAAGCAAAAAUAGCCAUGUCUGGCUGGAUUUCAAGUUCGACAGGCUGCGCAAUUUCUCGCGCCUUCUAAUCUUUACCUUCGAAUCAAGUCGUCUCCAAGUGGGGCUCUCCAACUACACUACCAUCGAUUUUGCCGGUGACGCGGCUCUCUCUAGUAUCGAAAAGAAAAGUCUCACCGUUCUACUCAGCCUAGACAAGGUUGAUCUUGAGGAGCGCAGUGACGCCUCUUGGAGGGAUGCUGUCAACUCCAGGAGCUCAAGUCGUGUCACAGUCUUUCGAAACCCCCUCUGGGAUGGCGCCGUGGUCGUCAGUAUUCCUCUUCAGGGACACAUCGCCCAGGAGGUUUCUAUGAAGCUCUUCCAUUCCAAAGAUUGGUUGCUGAUUUCAGAGGUCCUGUUUAUUUCGGCAGAACCUCACGUCCCGGUGUUGUCGUCACAACGAGAAGAGGGUGGCAACUCAGAGAUUAGGUUUUCAGGCAAAUUAGAGGUGGAUAGAGACUUGCGUCCAUUUCCAUUCGAUGCUGCCAUCACGACCACUACCACAACUGCUUCUGCUGCAGCUGACGCCAUUGGUAUAGAAGAAAACGUCUACCAUGAAGAUGGUGCCGGUGGUAGAAACUUGGCCACUGGAUCAAUGUCAUCGGUGACAGUGACGCAUCGACAGGGUUUGGCCAAAGAUCAGUUGCGAGCAAACAGUCGUGGUACAACCUUCAUCAUUGUCAUAGUAGUCUCCCUUCUGUUCUGCCUCUUCUGCGUUGUUCUCUUCUGUUCCCUCUGUAUCCGCAUGCAGCACUCGAGGCAGCGCCACCAGUCUCUCAAGAAAAUCGCCUCUGCUCCCUCCUCGCAGAUGGCUUCAUCACCUCCGCCCCCACCGCCUCCUCCAAUGACUUCCCCGCAGGAUACGGCAACGGCGGCGGUACUUGCACCGCCGUACCAACCAAAUGCUGUUGGGGUUUCUAUGUGUAACAAUCUCACGUCUUCAGGACCUUGUUCCGCUGCGCCUACAGCUUACCUCUUCAGUCCUGCCCAUAACAAUGGCACGGGAACCAUGUACGCUGCCGGAGCUUCACCGCUACAGGUGCUCUCUUCGCCGGCCAUUUUCUCUCCACCAGACGGCUGUCCUACUGGUCUUCCAUCCCCAGGGCAUAACUUUGCUUCUCUGGCUGGGGGCGAUCUGGCCGCAAUGCAGCAACUGGCCCUGCAGCAGCAACAGUUUUACCCGCCCAUAGGGAUGAUCCACCCAGCAACAGGUGGCGACACAACCACUGACAGCGGCAGUCUCUAUACCACCCCACCUGCUCUCUGUCCAGUGUUAGGAGGCGGUGGCCACACGUCGCCCCGCAGACACGACGAGGACCGAUCAGCCCCACUUGCUAGUCCAUCUGCCUCGUCUGACGAUGAGGUCGCAGACAUCGAAAUGGAGGAUGAGGAGGGGGAUGGAGUAACGGGAGACGGGAGCGGAAAAAUGCGGGUUCGAGGAAUGCCACCUGUUGGACCCACGGAACGAAGCAGUGUGACCGCUUCUUCGGCUAGUGAGGGAGUGCAACGCACCUCCGUUUCGACCGCCUGUGGUGGAGGUGGCGGCAUGGAUGAUCCGAUCGCAGCAGCGACGGGAUUAGGAGAUGCAGAGGAAUGUGAGAAUUCGGCUCUUCUUAGACCAAAUGUCAACAAUGCUAACAGACGUCGGAAGAAACCAAAGCAUCGCCGACAACGUGGCACGUCAUCAUCGCAAAGGCAGGAAGGGGUGGGAGGUCUUCACGACUCGGUACAGAGUCGAACUGACAGUGGAGUAGGCAGUUCAAGGGCAGCGGGGGCGGCGGGCGACAGUUCAUUUCCUACUGGUCGCACUGCGAUGCAAUCUUUUGCGGCACAACCCUUCCCCAACCUUGCUGGCAGUGACAUUCUUGGCACUGAAUACGCCAGCACCUCGUUAUUUGGAUCUUCCACGACCUCCAACAAUGGUUUGUCGACAAUGAAGAGGGGUUCCUCUUCCUUAAUUGGUCCCAACGGUGGCGUGGCGCAAUAUCCAUCGCCCUUCCUUACAGCUACAGCUACUCAUUAUCCCGACCAAAGCGGAAGCCAAACCUCCGUCACGGCCGGCGGUGGUGGCGGUGGGGGAGGUGGAGGUGGUGGUAGUGGGCCCUCCUAUCAUCUUUACCAACCCAUUCUCGUGCCUGCACAACAGGCUCACCUCUUCCAAAAUGCAGUGGCAGCGGCGGCUGCAGCUGCAGCCGCGGGAUUCAAUGACUCUCAACAGUUGAGUGGACUUGUCCAAUCAUCACCUUUUCUCUCACAAGGACUUGUACACUCUGGCGUUCCUCCUACGACCGCUUAUCCUUCAGAGACGCCUCUAGUUUCCACAUCAACAUCCACCAGCGGUGGUUGCUGGUUGGCGCAGCAGACCGCGACAGCUUGUUUAAAGGCCUCCUCAGGCACGCCCCUGCCCCCUGUACCCACUCUUCCCCUGCCUCCAAACCCAUACCACAAUCACCAUAAGCACAACCAUCAUCACUCCUCCGCCAAUGACGGCACGAGCUCGGGUCGACUUUCUAUCUACUCGGUGUGCAUGUAG